AUGGAGUAUUAUGGCGACGACGACUACAUACGCGCCUCCCCAGGGCUUACUCCAUCAAAACCCGAUCUGGGGAGCUACUCUCCAUUGCCAUUCGCGCCUUUAUGGCUACCUCAAGACACUUACGAAGCCCCUCUGGAUCCUAUUCACGUCGAACGCACUGGUAACGGCCUAGAAGCGCGACGAAAGCUGCAUCGGAAAUACCGCAACCAGGUCCCUCAAAGUGAAUGGGAGUUCAUGGAUGCUCUACUGCUUCAUCAGAUGGCUCCUACAAACCCACAGCUCACACUCUCACUUGGCUUGAGUGAUGCGCUAGCCGAUGGUAGAAGUGACAAGUCAUUGUCUGACGACGAGAACAGGCUCGACUUAGAUUAUCUUGCUAUAGCUGAGGCUGAUUCUCGGAGAUCACAGAUGCCACCGCUGCAAGUUUUCGCUGCACCCCCUCCAGGCAUAACACGUAGACCAAAAAAACCUCGCUUGGGUUUACCUAUUACACUACACAAACAAGGAGUUUUAGCUACAGUUCUGGCAUGCGCAGACACCGGUGCCGAUGUCAACAUCAUUUCAGACGAAGUAGCAAAAACAUUGGGAUAUUCUGAGUACGAUGCGUUACCAGAAAAGAAGGAAUUUGCGCUAGCUAAUGGCAAGCUUGUUGAAGCUAUCGGUCGGAUUGAAUCGAUCUGUUCCUUUGGAAUAGAAACAGAGUCGGUGGUAACGAUGUCUUGCGCGUUUUAUGUCCUACUAAAAGCUGCCACACCUAUCAUCAUGGGGUUAGGUUUCUUGGAACAGACGAAAACUAUGACCGAACACAGAGAGAGGCUCGUACGCGUUCCAGCACCCGCUUUCCAAGCUCUCUCUGUUUGCUCUGUGGACAGACCAAAAUGGUUGUUGACCUGCGAGCUGGACAGUUGGAAGACUCUGGCAACCCCAGACUCAGGUUCGGAAAUCGACCUGAUAUCGCCCUCCUUUGCAUCCGAACGAGGUCUCGUGGUCUAUCCGGGAGAGGAAAAGAUCCAGCUAGCAGACGGUAGCAUAGCAAUUACUUCCGGAUGGGUUCGCGCUGAUAUAGCUGUCACUUCGACCAUUGCACCAGACUCGUUCAAUUACCCGAAAAUCCAAAAAAGCAUCAUUACAGUCGACUUAUUCUUGCUGGACAGUCUGAACCAUGAUCUCAUUGUGAGCGAAGAUUCACUCGAAGAACUCAAAGUAUUCACAGAUCACCAAAGUGCUCUCAUACCUGCGCCUCACGAUUCUGGUCCUUUGGGGAUAAACCGGAUCCGGCACCUUGGAGCAAUAGAUCGCAUAGUCUCCUGGAUCCAGACGAAGAUCAGAAGCGCUGGCCCUGGCAAUGAGAACUACACAAACGUGGACACAUCCUUGGUUUCUCAAGCAAUAGAUCAGCGUGAGAAUGACCGCAGAGAGCGCGAAGCAGCUCGGAUUGCAACUCUGCCAACUGACGAACAGCAAGCCGCUAUAGAGGCUGAGGCGGUUAUGCAGACAGCCUACGAACAGCGACCUCGACAUAUGGGCCUGGAUGGCGCUCUGGCUUCAAGGGUUUUACCACCUCCGCUGAAUUCGGGUCUCACCAAUGUUGCUGAGAGCGCUUCAUAUGGCACAUUUGCGUGUGAAUAUCCAGGUUGCAACGCAUUACCCUUCCAAACGCAAUAUUUACUGAACGCGCAUUCCAACGUCCACUCUUCGAAUAGACCACAUUAUUGCCCAGUUGCUGAUUGCCCAAGGAGCGAAGGCGGGAAAGGGUAUAAGAGGAUGGGUGAGAUGAUACGACAUGGUCUUGUUCACCAAAGUCCAGGAUACGUUUGUCCAUUCUGUCCUGAUCGCGAGCAUAAGUACCCGCGACCAGACAACCUCCAGCGGUAA